AUGGAGCACAAAAUCUAUGCUUCCACGGGCAAAUACCUCCCUAUUGUGAGAUGCUCAGUGGAUUUGUGUGGAGUGAUAGCUGCAGAGGUACAGACUGUUGUGUUGCCAUUUCAACCUCUCUUCCUCUCUGCAGUGGGAACUCUAGUGCCACAGAUUGAGGUCCUGAUUAACCGAGUUAAUGAAGUUCAGCAAGCUAAAAGGAAAGUCAGUGAAGAGCUGGGAGAGCCGAGAACUGUCUGGGACGCUCUGCAGAAGGAACUGGACGCGUUACAUGAAGAGAAAGUACGACUAAAGGAGAUCUUCAGGAAAACGCAAGAAACCCCAAGAAUCCAUCAGCUGCAUUGCCAAGAAAAGGAAAAUGAGGCCCAGAGGAAGCACACCCUGUUGCAAGAAUGCCAGGAGAGGAUUUCUUCUCUGAACUCCCAGAUUGAGGAAGAGAAGAAUAAACAGAGGCAGCUGAGGUUGGACUUUGAGCAGCAGCUGGAGAUUCUGAUGGGCCAACACAAGGACCUCUGGGAAUUUCAUAAUCCGGAGCAGCCAGCAAGGGAGACCUGUGCCCUGGACAGCAACAAGGAGCAACUGCUGAAGGAAGAGAAGCUGGUUGAGGUGAAGCUGGAGGACGUGAAGCAAGGGCUGCUCUCCCUGUGUGGUCCUGAGGGGCCCUCCACCCUCCGGGAGGGGUUCUCCCUCCGCAGCCCGGAAGUGGCAGCAGUGGUGGAACUGUUUAAGGAGGAGAACAAGAAAGCUGAGGAGCUCCUGGGGGCUGCAGCCCAGCAACACCAGCAGCUGCGGCAGAGGUGCCAGCAUCUGCAGCAGAAGCGGUGGAGGCUGAAAGAGGACUUGGAAAAGCAUGGGCCUCAGAUCCUUGCUCAAUCCCAGAGCACGCAAGAAGGGGCCACCUCGCAAAAGGAAGUGGAAGUCUCUAGAAGUCUGUGAGGAAAAAGACCAGGAGCCACUCAUCAAGCAGGGCCGUGAUACAAUGAAGACAUGCCCCACACCAAUCUUAUCUCAUGGGGAUACAUGAAAUAAAAGAUAAAUUUUGUUACAGCUAUCUCUGCUGAGUCUGGGCAGAUGGGUGGGAGUGGCAGGGCCCAGGCAGAGGGAUACAAAUGUGGGCCUUCUCCAAAGGCUGAGAAGCCCUCCCUGUGAUAAUGUAAUUCCUUCAUGUAGACCUAGAUUACUCAAAUUCUCACAAAAAAUGAAGCUAAAUCUAGAAUUCAAGGCCAGCCAGUUGCAUACUAUA